GGUUGUUUUCUCUGCAUUUAUAAUGUAACUUAAGUUUAUUAAGAAUGGGAAAUUCGAACAUAACACAGCAUAUUGAGACCGCACAGAAAACAGGUGCCUUUCAGCUAUGUAAAGCUGGAUUGAAAGAGUUUCCAAAGGAUCUGCAAAAGCUCACAAAGAAUCUGAGGACCCUAGAUUUAUCUGAUAACAAGCUUCCUGAGUUACCUCCCUCUAUAGGCUCCUUUUCACUCCUGAAGAAUCUUGUGCUGUCCAGGAACAAACUAGAAGUUUUAGCAGAAGAAAUAGGGCAUUUGAAGAAAUUAGAAAGCUUAUCAUUGGAUGGUAAUAGUCUAACGAGACUUCCAGAGUCUUUGUCACAGUUGUCAAACUUACGAACUCUGAAUGUUUCAGAGAAUAAAAUCACAUGCUUUCCAGAGUCGCUCAAUACCCUUAAAAAUCUUGAUGCUGUUAAUUUGUCAAGGAAUAGAAUAACAGAAAUUCCUGAAUCCGUCAGCACAUGCCAAGCUAUUGAGCUCAACUUAAAUCAAAACCAGAUUUCUCGUCUGUCGGAGAGUAUUUCCCAGUGUCCAAGGUUAAAGGUCUUGCGAUUAGAGGAGAACUGUUUAGAUAUUUCUGCAUUUACACCUAAAAUCCUGAAGGAAUCAAAGAUAGCUCUCUUUGCUGUUGAGGGGAAUGUGUUUGACAUGAAAUCUUUUCACAACUUGGAAGGCUAUGAAGAGUAUAUGGAUAGGUACACAGAAACAAAGAAAAAGUUUAACUGAGAAUAUUACCCGAUAAAUACUUUAGUUCUCCUUGAACAAUUGAACAAUUUUGAAUCUAUUUAUGCUGCUUAAGUAUGUAUUACUUAAGAAAUGAACCAGAUUCACAUGACAGGUAACAUAUUAGAAGCAAGCCAUUCUGCAACUUAAACAUUUUUGAAGAGUUAUCUGCCCUUUAUGAAAAUUUUUCAAAAUAUUGGCAGUAAAUGAUUCAUUUUAUUCCAUAUUUAUAUAGACAGUUUAUGCAUAUUUUCACAAAGAGAUCAGUAUGAAAUUAAAAUUAUUUUUUACAAUAUCUUAAUAAAACACAUUCUUAUCAUAGACUUUAAUGUAAAUUUCAAGGUGCAAUUAUAUGGACAAUAAUCAAAAUUUUGUGAAUUCCUGUAGUUGAGAAUUCUUUAUUUGAAAACCCCUUUAAAAUAAUACCAUGAUUAAAAAAAUCUCACCGUUCAUUCACUUAACUGACAAAUUGUGUCCCUUGAUUAGAGUUUAAUUAGAUGUUGAAAGAUAUAUAUACAUGUAUGUAUACUAUGAUUUUUAUCUUCAGUUAUUUGUUUUUAAAUUUUACCAUUUGUAUGUAAUAUGACAAAUAAUAUUGUAUACCGUGAACCCACUCACAUAUUGAUAAAAAUAUUCUGGCAAAAUGACUAGAAAUGAUUAAUAAAUAUGUUACGUGGUUUAAUUAUAUAAACAGAACAAACAUUACUAGUGGGUAUUUUUCCUUCUGUUGUUUUUAAAAAUGAGAAAUAAAGUGUAAAAAAACUU